AUGUUUCGUGGUCGUGCUCGUGGUCGUGCUUAUGCUCGUGGGACCGUAAGAAGGACCUUACCACCGCUAGAAUUCCUGAAAAAAACAUACGAGAUCGUUGAUGAUCCUUCAACGGAUUCAGUAAUCUCGUGGGGCCAAAACGGCAACAGCUUCAUCGUUUCGAAUCCGGAAGAAUUCGCUAGGAACCUUCUUUUCAGGCUCUUGCCACCCACACCCUACACCAACUUCCGAUAUUUUACCCUAAAGCUUAAGGGAUAUGGCCUUGAAAAAGUUGAGCAGUCUGAGCAUGAAUGGGAAUUUGCCAACGAAGAUUUUGUGAGAGGCCAUCCUGAGCGUUUGAAGAACAUUAUCGAUAUCUACGAGGCGAGGCUGGAAUCAAUUCAUGACUUGCACGUCAAGCCAAUGAUUGAUAGAAUGAGAAGUUAUUGCAGAGCCGGUGGUAAUGCGGUUACAUUCUUCAAGGAGCGAAGGGAGGAAAGGUACAGGGAGUUGAGGGAGUCUAUGGAAAAAGAAGCUUUGGCAAACGCUCUUGAGCGCCAGUGCAACGUCUAG